AUGGGUUACGAUGUGAAUCGGUUUGUCAAAUGCAAUGACAUUAAUAUAGACCUGAUUUGCAACAUCUGCAGAGGAGUUCUCGAGGAAGGCGUUUGGGUCCCAGACUGUGAGCACUCCUUCUGCAGAGAAUGCAUCAACAAUUGGUUGUCGCGAAGAAAUGUGUGUCCAAACGACAGACAAUACCUGAGUCUCACUCAACUCAAGACAAUCCCCCGAUUUAUGCGCAAUAUUUUGGACAAAUUGGAGAUUAAGUGCGAUUUCAUUGGCAAUGGAUGUCCACAAGUGGUUACUCUCGAGUCUCUCAGACAACACGUGUCUGUCUGUGACUUCAAUCCCGAGAAACGUGUGGAAUGUAUGUCCGGUUGUGGUCUUAUCAUUAAGAAGGCAGACCUCGAGAGCCAUAACUGUGUGAAGGCUUUGCGCCAAAGAGUCAAUAAUCUGAUCGAAGAUAACAUGAAAUGCGAACGAACCGUAUCUGAAGUGAGACACGACUUGACUUCCUUGAGGAAUGACAACAAACGGAUCAAUAAUUUGUUGGAUUGUCUGCAAAAGGAUGUCAACAGACUCUUAGUCGACAAACAGAGCUCUGUGUCGACUGAAUGUGAGGGCACUUCCGUCCCACAGACCUCUUUGUCGACCACUUCAUUGUCAACUGCAGUCAAAUACAACGAAAGGAACACUCGAUUGGUUCCCAACCCCUAUGUCCUCAUAACACCUCUGCACCUUCUAAAACUUUAA